AUGGAUCCAAAUGAUAAUAGCUCUUGUGAAUCUUCUUUUUGUAAAGAUGAAAAAGUGGAAGCAAUGAAUCUUCUUGAGGAGUGUUGGUUCUUUGAUAACUUGUUGAAUAUAAAACCAAAGAUGUUAAGGUCUCACUCUGAUCCUUACCCUUCCACUAGGCUUAUAGACUCAGAGUUUUUGGUCAAGGACAAAAGUGCUUUUGUUUGUUCUAACAAGUUUCAAAGGACACCAUCUAUGCCACCAAUUAGAGUGAAAAAAGAAGAUGAUGAAGAGGAUGAUAAAAUAGGAAGCAAAUUGGUGCAUCAACCAUUGGAUCCUAGUAAACAACAUCAUUGUGCAAAGAUGAAAGGACUUCAUCAUAGAAGUGAUUGUAAUAGAAGGAAAAGCAAAUUGUUGAGAACGCCAUCUUUGCCUCCAUCAAUAGGGAGAGAGGAUAAGUCUCAAGAAACUUAUCCUAGAAUUGGAAGAUCCAAGAAACAACCAUCAACACCUACCAAUAGUGAGAAGUUGCCUCCAAGGUUAACCUCUAAGAGUUGUAGCAUACCAAGAUGUAGACCAUCUAAAAACAUUGAAGUUGAAAGCUUAAACAAAGAGGGUAUCAUGGACAUGAGGAGAAAGGUUCUAAAUCAAAAAACAAUAAGGAGAAGCUUAAGUGAUCUUGAGUAUGAAGAGGUUCAAGGGUUCAAAGAUUUAGGAUUUUCAUUUGAGAAAGAAGCAUUAAGUCCAAGUUUAGCUAACAUAAUUCCUGGUUUGCAAGAGAAAAAUAGAGAUGAGAGUGAGGAAGAUAAAGCAGCAAGAGGUCCUUAUUUAUCAGAGGCAUGGUUGGUGCAAAGUUGUGCAACUCCUCCUGUUCCAAAUUGGGGGGAUAAUAUGUCUGCAGAUGAUAUGAAAAAGCAUAUCAAGUUUUGGGCUAGAGCUGUGGCAUCAACUAAAUGUUGA